AACCCCUAGCACGCAAAUGCCUUUUUGUAGUCCACUCCUUGGGAAGGGCUAUUUCAUUGUGUAGGCGUGGCUAGUGUGCAUUCGUGCGGAAUAACGUCCCACAGUCGGAGGCUGCUGUUCUCCUUGGAGAAGAAAACUGGUGUUUGGAGGAGCAGAAGGCUGUUUAAGAGCCACUUCCUUCCUUACUGGGCCGCCAGCAUGGAAUCAGAAGAUUAUAAAUGCGCGACAAACACUUUGUCCAUCAAACCGGCUUAUUGGCUGCAGGGACGCACGACCACUUGAACAUGGAGGAUGUUCCGGGACUGCUUGUGGCUGUGCUGCUUGUCCUGGCGGGGAGACUCGGUGGGACGGAGCCGAGUGGCGGGUCCUGCUUUGGGAAGCAGUGUUACGUCGUGCACAGACACACCGGCGACUUUACGAGCGCGCAGAAUCAAUGCAAAGAACAAAACGGCCACUUAAUGACUGUGCGCUCGCAUGAGUCACAUGAUAGACUCGUUACGCUUUUGGGGAACGCUUCGGGUCAAUUCUGGAUCGGUCUACACCGCCCCACUGGGUGCCCGGAUGCAACAUUUGCCCUUAAAGGCUACGAGUGGGUGACGCAAGACGGUGAAAGUAUUUUUAGCAACUGGGCUGAAACUUUUGACCGCAGCUGCUCCUCUCCGCGAUGCAUCACAGUAUCCGCGGAGGAUGUGUUCCGAUGGACGCAGAAGCGCUGUGACGCUCUGGUGAGAGGCUUUCUGUGCGAGUACAGCUUCAACUACGCAUGCACAAGGCUGGAGGAGGAGGAGGUGGCGGGGGAGUCUGUCAUCUACACCAACCCACUGGGGUUUGGGGAGGAGGGUCUGCUUUCCCUGCCCCCCGGAAGCACCGCCACCCGGAUGCCGAGCGAGCUCAAGUACAUCUGCUUCUCCCAGAAGUGGCAGCAGGCUCCCUGGAGCUGCGAGGUCUUGCAGGGAGGCUGCCAGCACAAGUGCAUCGUAGGUCCGGACCACCAGCCUUCCUGCUACUGCCCACCCGGACUCUCCAUCCACCCCGUCAACAAAAUCACUUGCGAGACGGACCCGGAUGGCCCAUGCACGCGUUUAGGGUGCGAGCACGCCUGCUUGGAGGACCCCCACGGCGCCUACUCGUGCAUGUGCACGCACGGAUUCAAACUGGCACCGGACGGACGGUCGUGCGUGGACUUCAACGACUGCUCGGACGAGCGCCUGUGUCCCGGGGAGAACUUUCGGUGCGUGAACACCGCGGGCGGCUUCAGGUGCGUCUGCGCGGAUGGCUUCAAGCUGACCGGCGGCGUGUGCGCGGACCAGGACGAGUGCGCGUCCGCCCCUUGCGAGCACAUGUGUCACAACACCCCGGGAAGCUACAGAUGCUCAUGUUAUGAAGGUUACAUAGCGGACGCACACUCGGCAGACAAGUGUAAGCUGCAUUGUGGCAAGGAGGAGUGCAAAGCAGAGUGUGACCCAAACGACCAGUACCAGUGUUUCUGUCCGGACGGUUACAUCGCAGAGGAGCGGGUGGGCGGCACCGUGUGCAUAGACAUGGACGAGUGCACUUUCGCUUACUGUGAGCAUCACUGCAAGAACACCUACGGCAGCUUUAAGUGCUCCUGUAGUAAAGGUUUCACCCUGGUGAAUGAGGUCUUCUGCAAACGCAAAAGCGAGGAUGAGGAUGAAGAAUGGGAGGGCUCAGGGGAGGCUUUGACAAGCCCAAGCACACCCACUGUGGCCCCCAAUGAGGGUCCAACCAGGCAGCCCUCAGCGGUGACAGUAGGAGGCCUGGUGGGCAUCAUCGUGUGCUGCGUGUUUGCGGUGGUGGCGGUGGUCUUCUUGGUUCAGCACCUCCUCAACAAAAGAGGGAAGGCGGAGAGAGAGGCCACGUUGAAAGCCUCAGAAGGAGGAGGGGAGGCGCACAGUCUACGCGGGAUGGAGGUUGAUGCUUGAUGCAAAUGAAGACGACCUAGAUGAAGUUCUGAUGAGGCAAACAUGUCCUGCAGCAGACAAUGUAACAAAACGAUGACCACGGAAAGUUUGUAACACUAAUCAAUUAUACAUGAAAAACAUGUUUGGUUCUUUUUCUGCCACCCAGUGUUGAAAAGGUGUGUUGCAACUGAAAUGUUUUAAGUUGACAAAAGUGAUAGAUCAGUAAAAGUAUUUCCAAUACUAAAGUUUACGAAUGAGUAUUAUUCAAUAGUAAUGUUUAUUUAUUAAUACUAAUAGUGAUGCUACUUCAUGUAAUAUUAAGAUUCAUUAACCAUAUGAAAAGAGUAAUAAUUUAAUUGAUAAUAAUUAUAAUUUCAAUUAACUUAUAUCAAUAAUAAAAUGAACUUUGACAUUUGAUUAAACAUAUCAGUUAAAAGCUUAAUGUUAAUAUUAAUAUACUGUACAUAUUUAUAUUGCUUACAUCCUAUAAGUAAUGCAUUUGAUUAAUAAUUAGAAUUGUAUAUCAAUACACACCUAAAUAUGAAUACCAACAUUUCAUAAAAAUGAUUCAUGUUAAUAUCAAUAUGAAUGAUCAACACAGGAAAGUUUGAAACGCCAACAAAUUAUACAAGCAAAACAUUUAGUUUUCUCUUUAAGGCCCAUUGUGCCACCAAGUGGAAGGAAAGUAUACUGCAACUGAAAUGUAAGUUGACGUUUUAGAAGCAAAAAUUACGGAUCAAUACAAAUACUAUUCCUAAUACUACUAAAGAAAAAUGAAUAUGAUUCAAUAAUUAUAUGAAUGAAUUGAUAGUAAUAUUAAUACUAAUUCAUAUCAGUAUGCAAAUUAAUAUUAUAGCCUAAUAGUAAUUCAUUUAAUAAAUAACUAUAGUGACUU